AUGAUCCGAUUGAAAACACAACCGUCCGAUUUCAAUUGGUAUUGCGAUUCUGAGAGAAUCUCUAUCACUCUCGAUCGCUUGAUUGGUUCCUUCAGAUCAAUUUGCUGGAGAGGGAGAGAUCUAAUGGCAGGAGCAGGUGGAUUCGUUGAAGCUGAUAAUGCAGAGGCAAUCAUAGCUAGGAUCGAAACUAAAUCGACCAAGAUCGAAAGCUUACUCAAACAGUAUAAACCUGUAGAAGCUCUGAAAACAGCUCUUGAAGGUUCACCUCCAAAGACUAAAGAUGAACGUUGCAAGUCAGCUAAUUGGAUCGUUGUGCAUAGAGCUUUAAUGGCUAUAAAGGAUAUUGAAGGAAUGCUUAAUGCUCUUGAUGUUGAGUAUUACGACAUUCUCAUGAAGUACUUAUACAGAGGGCUAUCCACUGGGGACAGACCUACAUGCGAUCAGUGUUUGAAGAUUCAUGAGAAACUCACUGAGAGAGCUGGUCUCGGUUGCAUUCUCCGUUGUCUUACUGAUACCAUCAACACCGUUUGA